UUCCAAGAGCUGCUUCCAUGCAGUAGCCUUGGCAGAGAGCUUCCUCCUAAGGCAGCGUGAGAAGCCAGAUCAGCAGAUGACAAAAGGCAAAGAGACCACCAGGAGAUGAUGGCAGGGAGAGAAAACAUUCAGGACUUAAAAGAACCUGUCUUGAAUCCGAACAAGCCAACCGAAGAACAGCCAGAAGAGCCGGAGACCGAUCCUGUUGCAAUGAAGAGGAGAGAUCUCUACACAACCAUCCUCAGGCAACCAAUUCCCAAAGGGAAGCAACCGAGUGACAAAUUAUUCCAUAGCCUCAACAAGCAUCUCCAGGCCCACACUGGCAAGGAGCUCUUUGAAUGCUCCGAUUGUGGGAAGGCCUUUUUUUCCAGGGCCGGCUUCAUCGUGCACAUCCGAGUCCACGGCCAGAAAAAACCCUACGAAUGCUCGGAGUGUGGCAAACAUUUUCGCCGCAGCUCGCACCUCAACAACCACAGCAAAAUCCACGCUGGGGUGAAACCCUUCCAGUGCUCGGAUUGUGGGAAGACCUUCAGCCGUAGUUCCAGCUUGGUCUCCCAUCAGCACAUGCACACGGGGGAGAAGCCCUACCAUUGUGCCUCCUGCAGCAAGGAGUUCUGCGACAAAUAUAGCCUGAUGCGCCACGAACGCCUCCACACUGGCGACAAACCCUACAAGUGCACAGAGUGUGGCAAGAGUUUCAACCAAAGCCACCAUCUCAUCACUCACAAGAGAAGCCACACGGGUGAAAAGCCCUACGUGUGCUUGCUAUGCAGCAAAAGCUUCUGCGAUCGGUCCACGUACAUCCGGCACCAGAAGAACCACAUGGGUGAGAAAAUGUUCAAGUGUUCCGAGUGUGGGGAAAGCUUCAGCCGGAACAAACACCUUCUCCGGCACCAGAGAAUCCAUACAACCGGGGAGCUGUACACCUGUUCCGAUUGUGGCGAGAACUUUUCCCGUCGGUCGGGCUUGAAAAUGCACCAGAAAAUCCACACGGGGGAAAAACCCUAUGAAUGCGGGGACUGCGGGAAGAAAUUUAACCGAAGCACCAACCUGAUCAGCCAUCAGAGGGUCCACACGGGAGAAAGACCGUACGGUUGCCCCGACUGCGAGAAGAGAUUUAGUCGGAGAUCGCAUCUCGUUAGUCACCAGAGAAUCCAUGGGCAGAAGAAGGAAAUGCCCCAAGGGCUCUUGCAUCCCCCUGCAGGGGUUUACAUGCCCACGCUGUUCAUCACAACCCUGUGAGACCAAUGGUUUAAUUCUGAAGGAAGAUCUUUACCACUUCACCUCUUUGGUAGGAACAGAGGGCCGAUCUUACAGCAGAAUGUCAGAAAGAGGAAUAUGGAGGAAAUGGGCUGUAAAACACAUUUUACUUUAGAUUGAGGAAUGAAUUCUCCACCCCCUCCACCAAAAUCUAGUCUUGGUCCUCAAUUCCACACUUCCAACCUUUUUUUUUGCUAAGAAUUGUAUAAUCAGUUGGGUGAACUGUUGUUAUGUUUCUGUUUGUGACUGUUGUUUUUUUGUUUUUUCAUAUGGAGGAAAUUGUACAAUGUUCAGCAAUACAGGUCUUGAGAUCAUC